AUGGCAGGCGACCGGACGUCGUUUAUGAGCACCGACACAAUGUUCACAGACGACAUGUUGUGGGAGGAGGACGACGAUGGCGCACCGCGCCGCCUCAAAAGGGACGAGCCCAUGAGCCCCGUCGCAGUUGUCCUCUAUGUAGUGUUCUUCUACAUUGUGUGGCAAAUCCUUACCAGGUCCGACGACAACGAGAUCCUCUCACAUCUCCCAUCGUCGUCGCCCUUGCUCUCUCAGCACGGUGGUGGUGGUUACGACCGCGGGUCCUCGGCGCCCUCAGCAGCCCAACAGCCAUACCUCCCCUAUGCCCUCCCUCAGCUGCCUCCGGUCCCUUCCACAAAGUCGGACUCGACCUCGAUGUGGCGUGUCGUCAUCGGCACCAUCGUGUACCCCAUCUACCUGGCCGUCACGUUGCUCGCCAUCCCUUUACCGUUCCUCAUGAACGCGGUCAACCUCCUCCUCUCGGUCGUCCAGACCAUCCUCUACCCUGUGACAUCGACCGCUCGCCUGCUGGCGCGUACCUUCAUCCUCGCGCCCCUGGGCGUCCUCUUCGGCUUUCUCCAAGCCCUCUACCCCGUGUAUGUGUUUGUCGGGGGUGUGGUCGGUGUUGGAGCCUUCCUGGGAGUAGCCGCUGGCUACGUUGGCCGUCUGGCAAUGUGGUACCUCCUUGGCCGCCGCACCCCCGCCGCUCAGCCAGUCAAGCGCCGCCGCUCGGCGCGUCGUUCAAAGCGCCACUCGCUUCCGCCAGCUCCAGAAUCUGCACCGAACUUUGACCACCACCACCGUUCCUCUUCAUUCGAGCGCCAGGAGCGCCUACACGUCCCUCGGUCCCCAACGUUCGAGUACGAGCGCCGAUACGUGCCCAUUGUCGACUAUGUCCAGAUCGGAGACCAGGUCCUCGCCAUUGACCAAGGCGUGGGUACUGCGCGCGAGGGCGUCGUCCUCGGCGUCCGCCGUCGCAGUAUCCUCAGGUAG